CUCUCUCUCUAAUCAUCAAUUUCUUGAUCAAUUAUCAAAUCUCAAAUCUUUUACUGUGUACAACCAAAUAAAGAGCCUCUAAUACAAAGCAAAAAGAAAAGAAAAAAGGAAAAACAAAAAACAAAAAUCCAUUGUCACCGCUAGCAUAGCAACAACCAGCAGUGCCUUCAAGCAACAAGAAGAUUCGCAUAAAUAAAAGCACAAAAUAUGACUUCCAUAAUACCUUUGCAAACCUCAAUCCAGCCAUCUGUAUCUUCUAUUUUCUUAUCCUAAAGAAAUUUUCAGAUUUCUUGAUGAUUAUUUUCAAACCCUAGCACUGCUCUGUUGUUUCAAGAAAAUCUGAACAGACUAAGAUCAGCAAAUUUGUCUCAAAGUAGGGGAUUUAGAAACUGGUUGUUUUCCAAAUCUUCAAGAUUUUGAGAGAAUAAUGUCCCAGAUGAUGCACAUUGAUAAUAUUCCAUCAACCCCGGGGAAGUUCAAGAUGGAAAAAUCUUCAUAUCAUAGGCAAAGGCUUUAUUCUUCUUUAGCCAAGCUCACGUUUUGGUCUUUUGUUUUCAUUGGGUUGAUCUUUAUGUUCUUUUUUAGAUCAUCAUCAUCUUCAUCACAAGUCCCUUCAGAUCUCUCGAGGAGGUCUUUAAGAACCAGUUCUUAUGGUGGUCCCGUGUGGGAAAAAAGGGUCAAGGCUUCAGCUAAAAUCAGGUCAAGAAAUGGGUUUUCUGUUUUGGUUACCGGGGCUGCUGGCUUUGUAGGUACACAUGUAUCGGUUGCUCUCAAGCGCAGGGGUGAUGGCGUUCUGGGGCUCGAUAAUUUCAAUGAUUACUAUGAUCCGUCCCUUAAAAGGGCACGGCAGGCUCUAUUGGAGCGCACGGGUAUUUACAUUGUGGAGGGUGAUAUCAAUGAUGUUGCCCUCUUGAUCAAGCUUUUCGACAUUGUCCCAUUUACCCAUGUUAUGCAUUUGGCUGCACAGGCAGGGGUACGCUAUGCCAUGGAAAAUCCUAGCUCCUACAUUCAUAGCAACGUUGCAGGCUUUGUUAGUUUGCUUGAGGUUUGCAAGAGCGCAAAUCCUCAGCCUGCUAUUGUGUGGGCUUCGAGCAGUUCUGUUUAUGGAUUGAAUACAAAGGUGCCUUUUUCGGAGAAGGAUAGGACUGACCAGCCUGCUAGUUUAUAUGCUGCAACUAAGAAGGCUGGUGAGGAGAUUGCGCAUACUUAUAACCAUAUAUACGGUCUUUCGCUUACUGGAUUGAGGUUCUUCACGGUUUAUGGACCUUGGGGUAGGCCAGACAUGGCAUAUUUCUUUUUUAGUAGGGAUAUUUUGAAGGGGAAAUCAAUUCCAAUCUUCCAGGGACCUAAUCAUGGUACAGUUGCGAGGGAUUUCACUUACAUUGACGAUGUUGUGAAGGGUUGUUUGGGGGCAUUGGAUACCGCUGAGAAGAGUACUGGCAGUAGUGGCAAGAAGAAGGGGCCUGCACAAUUACGUCUUUACAAUUUGGGAAACACAUCUCCUGUACCUGUUUCAGAUCUUGUGAGCAUUUUGGAGAGGUUACUCAAGGUGAAGGCAAAGAGGAUGAUUAUAAAGUUGCCUAGGAAUGGGGAUGUGCAGUUCACACAUGCUAACAUAAGCUUGGCUCACAGGGAGCUUGGAUAUAAGCCCACGACAGAUCUCCAGACGGGAUUGAAGAAG